AUGGUUCGGAGAUAAUUUCGAUUAUCAGGUAUCAAUCGGUUCGGUUCGAAUUACUUAUUACCUGGAAAUUGCUUCUUUACGACAAGAAUCAUCGCCGCUCGCAUACUCUCUCUCUCUCUCCAGAAUCUGUGAUUGGCUUCCAUUUAGAUCCCAGCUGAAUUCUUUCUAUCAACUGUACCGAAACCAAUGCAACGGCUCGUUGAUAACGUCCUCGCUGUUGCCAAAGAGUCAGUGAAAACAAUCACUUAUGAGUCGUUGAACCACAUUGUGAGGCUAAUAAAUGGAAUUUCAGCCCUUCUGUUAGCCAUUUUACCGGGGAAGACUUCUAUACUUGAGGGUAUUCAUGGCUGGGAGCUCAGACCAACGUUUCGUGGACCAAAGUUUCCACGGUGGAUGGAAAAUGGGGUGUCAUCUUUCAAUCAGUUCAUCCAUGAACUUUCUGUGGAUUCUGAUGCGUCAUCAAGCGUUGGUUACUCAUCUGGCGAAGAAGAUUGUGAUGAUAACAUAAUUCCAGCAUCUCCAUUAUCGCAAAGUUCCAGGGUCUCUAGGGCAAGUAGUUUCAACAAGUUUGGCAGGCGCCAGACACGUUGGACGAGACUCGUAUUUUCAUUGCUUUUAUGUCCUUUGAAAUUUCUAUUGGGCAUACCACUAUACCUCUUCCAUUCAUUGUGUUACAGGGGGGUAGCAAGCCCUCGUGACACACACAGUUCCAAGCUGUCGCGUGUCCGCUCUACGAGGGUACAGGCUCUCAAGGACCAUUUUAUCCAACGUACCACUGACAGGAGACGUGGAGUAAUAGAGGAUCUCCAUCUGGCAAUUGAAAUCUAUAUCGAAUCAAUUUUUGAAUUUGUUCACAAGGCAGCACAUAUUGUUCUUUCACCAUCAGAAAUGUUCAGAGUACUAUUUGGAUGGUUUUCUUCUCAAAGCAAUGGGAGUGAAGAUAUUGCUGGUGGUGAUUUGAAUGCCACUGUCCCUACUUCUACUCUUGGAGAGGAUAAUCCAACUCCUACUGAAAGGAAAACAAAUUUUCAUCCCCUAAAUACAGAUGCUCGCACCUGUCGAGAUGUCAUAACAGAGCUUGGGUACCCAUAUGAAGCUAUUCCUGUGGUUACUGCUGAUGGAUAUGUUCUCCUGCUUGAGAGAAUCCCAAGACGGGAAUCACGGAAGGUGGUUUAUCUUCAACAUGGGAUAAUGGAUUCAUCUAUGGGUUGGGUAUCCAAUGGAGUCGUUGGUUCUCCAGCUUUCGCUGCUUUUGAUCAAGGUUAUGAUGUUUUCCUCGGGAACUUACGUGGUUUAGUUUCCAGAGAGCACGUGGACAAGAGUAUUUCCUCGAGGCAGUAUUGGCACUACUCCAUCAAUGAGCACGGUACUGAGGAUAUACCCGCGAUGCUUGAAAAAAUUCACGAAGUUAAGGUUUCCGAAUUGAAGUCUACUCAUCCUCUACUUGAGGAGGAAUCCAACGGAGAUGAACCCUAUAAACUUUGCGCAAUUUGCCACAGCUUGGGGGGAGCUGGGAUUUUGAUGUAUAUAAUUACACGCCGGAUUGAAGAGAAACCCCAUAGGCUCUCAAGAUUGAUCCUAUUAUCACCUGCUGGCUUCCACGAUGAUUCCAACUUGAUGUUCACAGUGGUGGAGUACAUAUUUCUUCUGCUUGCUCCUAUACUUGUACCCCUCGUGCCUGGCCUGUAUAUACCCACAAGAUUUUUUCGUAUGCUGCUCAAUAAGUUGGCGCGUGACUUCCAUAACUACCCUGCAGUCGGAGGACUCGUUCAAACCCUAAUGAGUUACGUCGUCGGUGGGGACAGCUCGAACUGGAUAGGAGUGAUUGGGUUGCCCCACUACAACAUGAACGAUAUGCCCGGAGUUUCUCUUCUCGUUGCUCUUCACCUUGCGCAGAUGAAGCGGGCGAAAAAAUUUCAAAUGUUUGAUUACGGGAGUGCAGCUGCCAAUAUGGAAAUGUACGGAUCUCCUGAGCCAUUGGAUUUGGGGGAAUACUACGGGCUUAUCGAUGUACCCGUUGAUCUUGUUGCAGGCCAUAAGGACAAGGUGAUCCGCCCGUCGAUGGUCAGGAAGCACUAUAAGUUGAUGAGGGACUCGGGCGUGGAAGUGUCGUACAACGAGUUUGAGUACGCUCAUUUGGAUUUCACUUUUUCUCAUCACGAGGAGCUUUUGGCCUAUGUGAUGUCCCGGUUAAGACUAGUGGAGCCCGCUCGAAGGCUCUUCAGAGAAAAUUCUGUGAGAUUGAAGAAGAAAGAGUGAGGUAGCUGAUUGUUGUUGGAGAUCAGGCAAAACUCUCAUCACUUCCUUUUUCUGGUGAGUCGGGAAUUUGCUUGCUUAUUUUGUUUGUUCAUACUGGGCUUGUAGAUGACGUAAUAGAGAAAUACAUGUAAUUAAUCAUAUGGAGGUGUACUGUACAUGCCUUAGUUAUCCUCCUUGAGGGUGCCCGUAUGGGGUACCAUGACUGGAUGUUUGUGUACCUGCUAGGAAAGUUAAACUGGUUCGAUGAAUUUGUCAUUUGUAACCUUGUACUUUAUUGGUUGGCUGAACGUUUGAGUCUAAUGUCGCCCAAAGUUGUCGGAAUUUAUUGUAUCCGUAGGGCAAGAUGAAUCUGGGAACUCUUUGUCAGGAAAAAGCUACUCUUAUAUAAAUUAUGAGCAUAGUUUUUUCACUA